UAACUCUGAUGUUCGGUUAUCUAACUUGAAGCUUAAAUCUACAUGAAGUGGACAAAAUAUAGGCCUAUUAUAGGCUACACAUACAUCAGGGCAGAGUUUUUUUUAUAGUAGCCUGAGUCAACUCGAAUCAGUUUUGAGGCCGUGGUUGUGUUGCCUAUCGAUCAGUGUUGGUGAUGACAACCUAGUUCUGAGUAAACUUCGUUCCUCUUUGCAAAUGCUAUUUGUUUGUCACAUGUCAUCAUUUGAGACUUUUUGUCGCCACACUUCUCCCAGUGUUAUUGACUAAAACACCAGCAGCUGGACAUCCACGGAUCUGCCUCUUUGUAAUUCUUAAAAUUUGAUGAACAAUGAAAAUUUGCAGAAAAUCACCUGUCAUACUGCUGAAGUUAAUUUACAUCACAUUACUCCCAGUUCUUGAGGCCCAAGAAGUCAAAGUACUGCCUGAAGUGACGGGAUACCUCGGGCGUGAUGUCACCCUGCCAUGCCAAUUCAUCCAAGCACCACAAGGCUCCAAUAUUACUCAGGUUCAGUGGGAUCUCAUAUCACCAGAAGGAAAGGAAAUCCUCAUUAUUGUUUUUAAUGUUCAAUUUGGACUUAAUGUUCCUGAAUCGUUUAAGGGCAGAGUGGAUAUUGCAGAACAAUCUUUGAUCAUUAGAGGUGUGGAAAUGAGAGAUGCAGGGUCGUACACCUGCAGCAUUGCAUCCUUUCCCAGUGGUUCAUUAAAAGGAACCACCAACCUUGUUGUUCAAGAACAGAUGCCGUUAUCUUCAGCUGUGGUUUCUGCUAUAGUUAUUGCUGGUCUGUUGCUGUUAGUGAUCAUGGCAGCCAUAGUUUACCUCAUCUUUAUCAGAAGGCACCGCGUCUACAUUGAUACAUGUGGACCAGUGAUGGAUGUGGCCAGGACAUCUGUGAUUUUAAGAGAUGAGGAUGUGGUCUACUCUGACGUCAAGCUUAAACCAUCCAGAGAUGCUACACCUCCAUCCAAUGAGAAACACACAGUGGAUGAUGAUGUCACGUACUCUGAAGUCGUAGUUGGUCGUAGUCACCAAAUGAGAUGAAAUGUACUAAAAGUGAUAAAGUUCUUUUUCUUGUACUAGUUGCACUCUUGUUGCUGUAUGCAAGUUACGUUCACCAUAAUUUUGGUACCAUUUGGUGCAAUCAGCACAUCCUGACAGCGGUCAAUAGAACUCAACCUUUGUGGCUGCUCCAGGCCUUCUAUUCAUGCUCUCAUAUAUGUUUUUUCCAUGUUCCAUGGAAAAAACAUAUGUUUAUCAUAAAGUUAGCAAUGCUUUAAUUAGUGGUGGUAUUCUUAAAGAUAAAGAAUAUAGAUAUUUUGCUGAUUUAUAUCCAGCUUUGUGUCCUGGCAGUGUGAGCAGUGUGUGCAGUUGAAUGGCGUGUGGCUUCCCUCUGUUGCCGCAGCGUACUGAGCUCCCACCUGAGCAGAGCAGCGGCGGUCUGCCGAGAUCCCCUAGUGGUCCGCUGAGAUCCACAGUGCACUGGUACCAUGGAGGGAAGCCAAACACCGUUCAUCUAAACACACUGCCCACACAAAGAUGACACAGAGCUGUUAUCAAAUCGGCAAAGUAUCCCAGCAUUUCUGUGGGGCUGUACUUGAGCUAAAUGCUCAAACCAGUGACACGGGCAUGCAAACAUGCUCACAAUGACAAUUCUAGCAUGUUGAGGUUUAGUAGGUAUAAUAUUUACCACCACAAACGUUUGGUGCCACUUGGUUUUAAAUAUUGAAGCUAGGAAUGGUACAAACCAGCACAGCUCCAACAUGUCAUCAAGGUAAACAACUUCUUUUACCUUGCCAUGUUGUGCAAUGGAAAAACACUCGCACUGUGCCAACAUGGCUUGAGUCAUCACAGUGAAUCUCAUCACACAAAGUUCCUAUUCCUCUUUUGCUGACCAUCAAAGGAGGAAGACAAAAAAGGAAGACAAAAAUGAUAAUUGAAAAAAGGAACCAACUCCGCAAUGCAACACUAGUGUAGCGUGUUAAUGAUGGCUGAGCUGAAGGUGUUACAAACAGUGGUGGAAUGUAACAAAGUGGAAAUACUUUGUUACUGUACUUAAGUACAUUUUUCACAUAUCUGUACUUUA